ACUUUUAAUUUAUAAAAUGAGCUUGAAUUGAAUAUGACUGCAUGCUUGUGUACUAAUGUGACAUGUUGGAUCAUUUUUGUCCUCAUAAAAUUUCACCAACAAACUUACUACCGCCACAGUUCUUCUCACCUCUCCAGGCUUUAUUUCAUCAUCAUAAAUACUUCGCUACAUGUUUGUUUCAUACUUCCUUACCAACAUGUGUGUGUGUGGGUGUGUGUAUGGUCUAAAAAGCUGUCUAGCAGGUUAAACCAACCUCCACCUAUGAUGUGGGUCCUCAUCUGAUCUUUGCUUACCGACACUGAAGAGCCUGGAGUCUGCACUGUUCCUUCAUUAACUCCUAUCCGCGGUAUUUAUUUUAUUUUUUAUUUCUUUUUAUUUUUUGUAUUUUUGCUGACCUAAAACAGGAGAUCAGGUAUGGCAGAACAAGCCGCAGCAUGACUGAACAUGUGGAAAGGUGUGCGUACGGCUCGGCGCUGGACGAGGAAGUGAGGCAGAACCGACAUAUUUUCGCGUGUGUGUGGAGUGUGUCAAUAAUGGACGAGUUUCGCUUUUCCCAACUGAAAAGCCAGACGCUGUAGGAGCCGUUCCGCGGUCUUUGUAUGCGCUCCUGUGCGCCAGAGAAGGCGCGAUGCCGGCGGCACCGUGGCGCGGCGCGGCGCUGCUGCUCUGCUGCGUGUGUUUGAGCGCCGCUCUGGAGGCGCGAGACUGCGUCCUCGGUGAAGUGGGAAAGCCGGUGCUGCUGCCCUGCCACCCUAACUUGGGGAGAUUGUUGAACUUUUCCGUUGAGUGGAGGAAUCACGAUAAAGCCGUGUUCAGAUCGCUGUGGGACGGGGAUGGGAACGUGGAGACGUGGAGCGUGAAUUAUGCCAGGAUUCCCACAGACGCAGCGACCAGUGGAAACUUCUCCCUGGAGCUGCCGUCAGCUCAGCCCAGACACGACAGGAGCCGAUACAGCCUGUUCCUGCUGUCAGGGGAGAACCAGAGCGCGCCUCUGUGUACCAGGUGUCUCAGGGUCGCAGCCAGCUUUAGGAUCCCUGAGGUGAGGAAGGAAGAAGGCACAGAGUGGUCCUACCUGUGUCGGUCCUAUGGGGGCUACCCCGAGCCUGCCGUCUACUGGCUCAUCAACGACAGCCGGCAGCCCCCCAACGGCUCCGUGAGGAUCCGGGCCCAGGCGCUCCCCGACUCCCAUCUCUACAACGUCACCAGCCAGCUGACCGUCAACGUUUCCACAGACGACACCGUGUCGUGCACCAUCAAGAACCCAUCCACGAACGAAACCCAGACGGUCAAACUGGGAGCCAGCAGCAGCGGGAGUCGCGCGUCGCAGGGCAUGUGGAUCUUCAGCACCGUCCUGUGCGUGGUGGUCGCCAUAAUGGUGCUUUCCGGGAUCUACUAUCAGAUUCACCUGGACAAGAUAAGCAAGAGGAGGAAGAAGGAGUACGAGGAACCACGGAGAGGUCGACGAUAUCAGUACAAGCAGGCGACCGAGGAAAUGAUGCCAGAGCCAAAAGAGACUGACGUGUGAAAGAAAAGGACAAGAAAAGAGAAAAGUUAAUCGAUGGAUCAACCGCCACUUUUUUAUAGCCAGUCCAAACAAACUUACAAAAAAAAAAGCACUGAUAUGUAAAUAGUUCUGAAUUAUUGCAUGUUGCAUUUUCUAGAUGCUUAUUAUCCUAAGCUUGCUGUCUUCUUUUUUUUCUUAAAUGUGCCGGCUGAUUGAUUCCAGUCGGAAAUGACAAGGACACUAGUGGCACGGUACAUUCUGUUCUUAAUGAGAACAUGCGUCUAAUUUGCCCUUACUCUACAGGGAGGGAGGAAAAAUGGGUUUUUGAUGGUGAAGUCCAAAGAUUGGGCGGCUAGCUCCACAAUGUAAUGCUGUUACUGGUCAUUUAUUGGUGUUUUGGGCGGUCAUCAUCUUGUUAAAGCACCAAUUUCCUCUUCAACAUAAAGCAGCACCUCCUUGAGCAUUUGGAACCAAUUCCUGGUAUGCAACAAACAGACCAGAUGGUGUAGAAUGAGAAGUUUCCACAUAUUGUGAUCCCAAACCCAUCAUGCUUAUAGUGUAGUGUAGCUUGAAUUCAAAGAUUGGGGUUAAUUGUUGGAAUUAUUUCUCUUCAGCAAACCACAAACUCUUCAGAACGUUUUAUUUUUCCGACUGUGGGACAUUAUUGUAACUUUUGCCAAAAAUGUGGCUUCACACAGACAUUAAUUCUUACAGUACUCAUAGGUAACCGUAGGACGUCUCCCAUCAACGCCUGUGUCUUUUUUCCACUGUAACUAUUCUUUUAUCCUUCGAUUGGAUCGCAUGUUUUUCAUUUUCCCUCAAAUCCUCCUGAUUCACACUUGAAAGCAUUUCAAACCAUGUUAGCCGCAUGUUUCGUUUUUUUCUGUAUUUUUUGCUUUCACCCCAUCUGCCUUUAAGUAAAAACCCUCCCGUUUGUUCAGGGAAUGAAGAACCUCACUGGAGCCCAAACUAAUAUUCUUAUACUGUCACCACUGCUGAUUUAUUUGCCUUGUAGAAAUAUGAUUUCUAUUGG